AUGAAUAUCCCUCUCGAAGAGUAUUCCACCAGCGCUGAAGGGUUGAAGUUCUAUGACAUUGAGGAAGGCAAAGGUCCUGUAGCUACACAAGGUUCAACUGCUCAGGUGAAUUUUGAUUGCCGUUACAGAAGCAUCACUGCAAUCUCCACCAGAGAGUCAAAGCUUUUGGCUGGGAACCCUAGUAUCCCUCAGCCUUACGAGUUCAAGGUGAGAUCUACACCAGGAAAGGAAAGGAAACUUGAGUUUGUAGAUAAUCCAAACGGGUUGUUCUCUGCACAAGCUGCACCAAAAUAAAUCUUACACUGAAACCAUGUUACCACAAUUUUAAAAUCAAUAUAUAAAAAUAUUAAAAUUUAGUGAAAUAUAUAUAUAAAUAUACACUAGUAUACAUAUUUUAAUUAUGAAUUUGUUUCCUCUUUAGCAUAUGAUAUGUUUCCAAAAAAGGUAAAUAUCAAAACGGCAGCGUUCUUCAGCCUUACGAGGUCGAGUAUAUUCUGGCCUCUUAACAAAAGAGCAAAAGAUUUGCUUCUGAUGGUCAUAAAUCAAAGAUCAUGCAUAAACAACCACAACGACCAAGAAUGGAAAUAUCAACAGUAGAUGAAUAGACUAAAUAUCACACUUUGUACACAUAGUAUGGUCUGUGUUCAACAAAAAA